AUGGCAGUCCCGAUAACCAACCUCGGCCCUCUAUCCAGCACCGUGAAACCCACAGUCGCCUUCACCACCCCACCAAACUACGCCGCCAGACUCUCCAGCCUCCUCACUCUCAAAGGCCACAUUCCUUUUUGGUGCCCCACCAUCACCACUCAUCCGACUCCUCAAUCUCUCUCCUCCUACCUUUCCCAAUACUCCCUCUCUCUCCUCUCCGCAAUCGCCUUCCCUUCUCGCGCCUCUAUCACCUCCUUUUCCGUCGCCGCUCUCUCUUUCCCUAAACCCCUCCUCCCCUCUCAUGGACCUACGUUCAUUCUCGCUGCCUUGGGCAAAGAUUCAGAGUUAAUCAACACCCUUUUUAUUUCCCAAAUUUGUUCCAAUAUACAACGGAUUAAAGUUUUGGUCCCUCCGACCGCUACCCCCAACAGCUUAGCCUUAUCGCUUGGGGAAGGAUAUGGUCGGAAAGUGUUAUGUCCUGUUCCAAAAGUUGUCGGGCUAGAUGAACCGCCAGUCGUUCCGGAUUUCCUUAAGGAUUUGGAGGGUGGUGGAUGGGUCCCGCUUCGUGUUGACGCGUACGAGACGAGGUGGGUGGGGCCCAGUUGCGCGGAGAGAGUGGUGAGGAAAGGGGAGGAGAAUGAAGGUGAAGUGGAUGCGGUUGUUUUUACGAGUAGUGGAGAAGUUGAGGGGUUUUUGAAGAGUUUAAAGGAGUUUGGGUGGGAUUGGGGGAUGGUUAGAAGGAGGUGGCCACGGUUAGUAGUUGCGGCUCAUGGGCCGGUCACGGCGGCUGGGGCGGAGAGGUUGGGUGUGGAUGUUGACGUUGUGAGUUCGAAUUUUGGUAGUUUUAGAGGCGUUGUUGACGCCCUUGAUGUGCGUUUGAGAGCUUUGGGACAGGAAUAG